AUGUCAAAUCUUUCAGUGCCUUUGCAGACUCCCAACGGCCACAGGUAUAGCCAACCUACUGGACUCUUCAUCAACAACGAAUUUGUUAAGUCGUCCACUGGGCAGAAGAUUACUUCAAUCAGCCCUGCAACUGAAACGGAAAUCGUUUCGGUGCAUGCGGCAAGUAAACAGGAUGUGAACAAUGCAGUUAGCGCUGCGCGAAAGGCGCUCAAUAAUCGGUCCUGGAAGAUGAUGUCCGGAACAGAGCGAGGACAACUCAUGGCCAAACUGGCCGACCUAAUCGAGGCCAACAAAGAGCUUCUUGCUUCAACGGAGGCCUGGGAUAAUGGCAAGCCGUAUCUGGUGGCAUUGGAGGAGGAUCUCCCAGAGACCUUCAACACCAUCCGCUACUAUGCUGGCUGGGCGGACAAGCUCCAUGGACAGGUCAUUAGUGGUAUUCCGGGCAAGUUUGCUUAUACUAUCCGACAACCUAUCGGUGUUGUCGGGCAGAUUAUCCCCUGGAAUUACCCUCUAUCUAUGGCAGCAUGGAAGCUUGGGCCGGCUCUGGCCUGUGGCAACACGGUCGUUCUCAAACCAGCAGAGCAGACUCCAGUUAGCAUCCUCCUACUAGCCGAGCUAAUCAAGGAGGCUGGUUUCCCUCCAGGAGUGGUCAACAUCGUCAACGGUCUAGGCCGUGAGGCUGGCUCGGCGUUGGUUCAGCAUCCAGAUGUUGACAAAGUGGCAUUCACUGGGUCCACCGCCACAGCCCGCGAGAUCAUGAAGAUGGCGGCAGGAACUCUCAAGAAUAUCACCCUCGAGACUGGCGGGAAAUCUCCUCUAAUUGUAUUCAAUGACGCGGACCUAUCCGAAGCUGUCAAGUGGUCGCAUAUUGGCAUCAUGUCUAAUCAAGGCCAAAUUUGCACGUCCACCUCGCGAGUUCUUGUUCAGGAUGAUGUUUAUGAUAAGUUUGUCUCCGAAUUUGUGAAACAUACGAAAAACACCAGUGUGGUGGGCGAUCCCUUCAACAAGGACACUUUCCAGGGCCCACAAGUCACUAAGGCCCAGUACGACAAGAUUCUGUCUUAUGUUAAGACCGGUCAAUCGGAAGGUGCUACACUUGCUACUGGUGGCGCCGCACACCGUGGAAAUGACGGAAAGGGCUACUAUAUCCAGCCUACAAUCUUCACGGACGUGAAAGACACUAUGAAGGUGUAUCGUGAGGAGAUCUUCGGACCGGUCGUUGUCGUUAGCAAGUUUUCGGACGAAGAUGAUGCCAUUAGGCGGGCUAACGACACAACCUAUGGGCUGGGAGCGGCCGUAUUCACACGAGAUAUCGAGAAGGCUCAUCGUGUGGCCGCAGAGAUUCAGGCGGGAAUGGUUUGGGUCAACUCCUCGCAGGACUCAGACUAUCGGGUUCCUUUUGGCGGCGUCAAACAAAGCGGCAUUGGCCGAGAGCUAGGCGAGGCGGGGUUGAAGGAGUAUAGUCAAAUUAAGGCCAUUCAUGUCAAUAUGACGAGCAGGGAAUGUAAGUUGUAA